AUGGCCUCAUCUGUUAAACAAUUUUGUACCAUUUGCUACGAUGAUGGGAUCUCCAACUCAGCAGUCACAUGGUGCACAGAAUGUGAGAUUUUCUUUUGUGAACCCUGUCAAAAACCUCACGGCAAGUCAAGAUUGUCUAAAAACCAUAAAACCAUGUCUGUUGAAAAUUAUCAAAAGAUACCUACAUUCAUACAAGAAAUAAGUAGCCAAUGCAAAGACCAUAGUAAGAAGUUUGAACUAUACUGUUCUUACCAUGCCUGUCCAUGUUGUGUCCAGUGCACCACAGAUAAACACCAAAAAUGUCACGACAUGAAACCACUGUCAGAUAUCCUAAAGCAAGUUAAAUCGUCUGCUUCAGUUCAACUUCUUAAAACAGAUUUGAAGGAUGUGAAGGAAAACUUAGAUACAGCCAUUAAGUACCUAAAAACUAGGAUCAGUACCAUCAAUAAUCAAAAAAAGAAAGCCAUUGAGGAAAUCCAGAAGACGAGGAAGUCGAUAGCUGAUUACUUAAACAAAUUAGAACAAACCAUACUCGAUGACUUGGAGUUUAAACAUUCGAAGCUGAAAUUAAGGAUGACGACUCUAGUAGGACAAAUGGAACAGCGAGCCAGUAAGAUGAAACAAAUAAGGAGUGAGUUUACUGAAAUGACAAAACAUGCAACUGAGUUACAAAUGUAUAUUGGUCUAAGAGAAAUUGAGAAAACUACUUCCCAAACAGCAAAAUACAUUGAAGAUCUAGAAAGUGGAGACAGCUUCUAUGAAAAUAAUCUAGAGGUUAAAAUUUCAUCUGCUCUUCGGUCAAUAUCACAAGAUGCAAAAUCAUUUGGGGAUAUUAAGAUAAAUACCACUUCAUCUACUCUCCAAAUAAAGACCGGAAGAAAAGAUCAAGCCCAGCAUUUGGUUCCAAAAGGUCCGGGAAUAGAUCUUAUUAAGCCAUCCUUCUCAAAAAAACUCAUAAUUCCAGAGAAUAUGAGGUUUUUGGAUAUUUAUGCCACUAUAAUUCUACCAGAUAGUAAGUUUGUUAUACUUGAUUACAACAAAAAACAACUACUUAUGUUCAGUAAUGAUGGCAUCUUUAUCAGACAAAUAGUAACAUUCACAGAUGAUCCAUUUGACGCCUGCUUUGUCAAAAAUAAUACAGUGGCUGUUGCAUUAGGCGAGGCAAACCAGACAGUAUUUGUGGAUGUAGAAAAAAAUACAAUAAUUGAAAGAAUUGAAUUUCCUCAUAAAUGUGAUGGUGUAGCAAGUGAUGGAUAA